CUGGUUCCGCGCGCUAGAGCCUGCUAGCCGCAUUGCGAGCCGGGCAGGGAGCAAGCGCCAUGGUUUUGCUACACGUGCUGUUCGAGCACGCGGUAGGCUACGCGCUGCUGGCGCUGAAGGAAGUGGAGGAGAUCAGCCUGUUACUGCCGCAGGUGGAGGAAUGUGUGCUCAGCCUGGGCAAGUUCCACAACAUUGUCCGUCUUGUGGCCUUCAAUCCCUUUUCCUCAUCCCAGGUUGCCUUGGAAAAUGCCAAUGCGGUGUCUGAAGGCAUUGUUCAUGAGGACCUCCGCCUGCUCCUGGAGACCCACCUGCCAUCCAAAAAGAAGAAAGUGCUUUUGGGGGUUGGGGAUCCCAAGAUUGGUGCUGCUAUACAGGAGGAGUUAGGGUACAACUGCCAGACUGGAGGUGUGGUAGCCGAGAUCCUGCGAGGAGUUCGUCUGCACUUCCAUAAUCUGGUGAAGGGUCUGACUGACCUGUCAGCUUGUAAAGCCCAAUUAGGGCUGGGACAUAGCUAUUCUCGUGCCAAAGUUAAGUUUAAUGUGAACCGGGUGGACAACAUGAUCAUCCAGUCCAUUAGCCUCUUGGACCAACUGGAUAAAGACAUCAAUACUUUCUCUAUGCGUGUCAGGGAAUGGUACGGGUAUCACUUUCCAGAACUGGUGAAGAUCAUCAAUGACAAUGCCACAUACUGCCGCCUUGCCCAAUUCAUUGGAAACCGAAAAGAACUGAGUGAGGAAAAGUUAGAGAAGCUGGAGGAGCUGACAAUGGAUGGGGCCAAAGCUAAAGCUAUUCUGGAUGCCUCACGGUCCUCCAUGGGCAUGGACAUAUCUGCCAUCGACUUGAUAAACAUCGAGAGCUUCUCCAGUCGUGUGGUGUCUUUGUCAGAGUACCGCCAGAGCCUACACACUUACCUGCGCUCCAAGAUGAGCCAAGUAGCCCCCAGCCUGUCAGCCCUAAUUGGGGAAGCGGUAGGUGCACGUCUCAUUGCUCAUGCUGGCAGCCUCACCAACCUGGCCAAGUAUCCAGCAUCCACAGUGCAGAUCCUUGGGGCUGAAAAGGCCCUAUUCAGAGCCCUGAAGACAAGGGGUAACACACCAAAAUAUGGACUCAUUUUCCAUUCUACCUUCAUUGGCCGAGCAGCUGCCAAGAACAAAGGCCGCAUCUCCCGAUACCUGGCAAACAAAUGCAGUAUUGCCUCACGAAUCGAUUGCUUCUCUGGUAUGGAGGUUCCUACAAGUGUAUUUGGGGAGAAGCUUCGAGAACAAGUUGAGGAGCGCCUGUCCUUCUAUGAGACUGGAGAGAUUCCACGGAAGAAUCUGGAUGUCAUGAAGGAAGCAAUGGUUCAGGCAGAGGAAGCGGCUGCUGAGAUUGCCAGGAAACUGGAGAAACAGGAGAAGAAGCGCUUGAAGAAGGAAAAAAAGCGAUUGGCUGCACUUGCCCUGGCAUCUUCAGGAAAUAGCAGUAGCACUCCAGAGGAGUGUGAGGAGAUGAAUGAAAAACCCAAAAAGAAGAAAAAACAAAAGCCCCAGGAGGUUCCUCAGGAGAAUGGAAUGGAGGAGCCAUCUGUCUCUUACACCAAACCCAAGAAAAAGAGAUCUUUUUCCAAGGAGGAAUUGGUUAGUAGUGAUCUUGAAGAGACAGCUGGUGGCAGCACAAGUCUUCCAAAGAGGAAGAAGUCUUCACCCAAGGAAGAAACAGCUAGCGAGCCUGAGGAGGUGAGCAGGAGUGUCUCCAAGAAAAAGAGGAGAUUCUUUUCCAAGGAGGAGCCAGUCAGCAGUGGCCCUGAAGAGGCUGCUAGCAGCAAAACCAGCACCAAGAAAAAGAAAAAAUUACACAAAGCAUCACAAGAUUAAAACGGACAUUCCUUGGCGGGCAGGGGCAUACCCCAAGGUGACUUCCCACCCCAUGUCCCAAACCCCAAUAAAAACAAAUUCACAAAA